AGUGGCGUGAUCCGGCACAUCCACGCCCAAAAGAUUUCGGGAAGCACGUGGAAAUCUGAGGGGGGGGAAGUGGCAACACCGAGUGUGUGUGUGAGGGGAGCACUUGCCAUUCGCUAAUCCGGCUCAGCCGCAGCACGAGCAGCUGGCGGAGCAGACUGCGCUCCCCACAGAGCUCAGCCCGCGCGCCCCGAAAGGCUCCGCGCUAGCCGGGUUCUAGGCUCCGCCUCGCGCCUCCUAGCCGGGUUCUAGGCUCUGCGGCCCCCGAUCCCUGGGUUCUAAGGCUCCCAGGAGCAUGGGCCGCUGCCCCCGCGCUCUGCUGCUGCUGGGCACGCUGGCCCUGCUGGCCCCGGGCCCCGCUGCUGAGGAUGACCACGACGAGGACGACGAGCUGGUGCUGUCCUUCCCCUCCGAGGAGGAAAACCAGACGGAGGUCGGGAAGCACCUGGGCUCGGCCGCUUUCUACAGGACGAACAAGGACAUGUGGAGAUUACCUGGGCAGUACAUAGUGGUGCUGAAGGAGGAAACUCAUAAAUCCCAGACAGAGCGAACCAUCCACAGGCUGCAAGCUCGAGCAGCGAAGCAUGGCUACCUAACCAAAAUCCUUCACAUCUUCCAGGAUCUGUUCCAGGGGUUUCUUGUUAAGAUGAGCAGCGAUGUGCUGGAUAUGGCUUUGCGGCUGCCGCACGUUGAGUACAUUGAAGAGGACUCCUACGUGUUUGCUCAGAGCAUUCCCUGGAACCUUGGCAGGAUCGUCCCGGCACAGUACAAGUCUGGCGAAUAUAACCCUCCCAAUAAAGGAGAUCUGGUUGAGGUUUACCUGCUAGACACCAGCAUCCAGAGCAACCAUCGGGAGAUAGAGGGCAGAGUGUUUGUGACGGACUUCGAGAACGUGCCAGAGGAGGACGGCACACGCUUUCACAGACAGGCCAGCAAGUGCGACAGCCACGGCACCCACAUGGCCGGGGUGGUGAGCGGGAGGGACGCUGGCGUGGCUAAGGGAGCCAGCGUUCGCAGCCUUCGGGUGCUGAAUUGCCAAGGCAAGGGCACGGUCAGUGGGACCCUGAUUGGCCUGGAGUUUAUCAAGAAGACCCUGACUGCCCAGCCCUACACCCCCUUGGUGGUGUUGCUCCCCUUUGCUGGAGGCUACAGCCGUGUUUUGAAUGCAGCUUGUCGGCUGAUGGUGCAGACGGGGGUGGUAAUGAUUGCUGCAGCUGGCAACUACAAGGAGGAUGCCUGUCUGUACUCACCUGCAUCUGAACCGGAGGUCAUCACUGUCGGGGCAACCGACUUCCAGGACCAGCCUGCCUCCAUGGGAGCCUUAGGAACAAACUUUGGCCGGUGUGUGGAUGUCUUUGCCCCGGGUGACGAUAUCAUCGGGGCCUCCAGCGACUGCAGCACCUGCUUCACUUCCCAGAGCGGGACGUCCCAAGCCGCUGCACACGUGGCAGGCAUCACAGCCAUGAUUCUGAACACUGACUCUGCGCUGACGCUCUCCGAGCUGAGGCAAAGGCUAAUUCAUUUCUCCACCAAAAACCUUAUCAAUGAGGCUUGGUUUCCUGAAAACCAGAGGCUGGUCACGCCCAACAGAGUGGCAGGACUGCCCAGCAGACUCAUAGCCGGUGAGCAGCUGUAUUGCCGCUCCGUGUGGUCUGCCCAGUCCGGGUCGACUCGCUCUGCGACGGGCGUCGUGCGCUGCAGUGGGAACGAGGAGAUGCUCAGCUGCUCAAGCUUCUCCACGAACGGCAAGCGGCGAGGAGAGCGUAUCGAGGUUCAUGGAGGCAGGAAGCAGUGUGUGGCUCACAAUGCAUUUGGCGGCCAUGGUGUCUACGCGAUAGCGAGGUGUUGCAUAUGGCCCAAAGCUGACUGCCAGAUUCACACCCGCUCCCCGACUGCGGAUGGUACUUCGACAACUGGAGUGGGCUGCUCCAAGGAGAACCACGUUUUGACAGGUUGUAGCUCCCAUUCUCUUGCUGGAGAGUUUAGUGACAACGUCAGACCCGUUCUAAGGAUGGAGACCGGACACCACCAAUGCGUAGGUAGAACAGAUGUGACCUUGCAUACUUCCUGCUGCCACGCCCCCCGCAUUGAAUGCCAGGUGAAGGAACACUCACCCGUGGGCUUCCAAGAAAAGGUGGCCGUGUCCUGUGAUGAAGGCUGGACUCUGACAGGAUGCAAUGCGUAUUCCUGGGGUCCCGGCACCCUUGGCGCCUACGCCGUGGAUGACACUUGCGUGGUAACGAGCGCUCUCGCUGGCAAAGGGGCAGGGGCCAUCGCCAUCUGCUGCAGAAGCAGACGUUUGGAAAAUGACAAGCAUUCUUCCAACUACAAGUGAGGACACUGCCCGUGGCCACAAGGCGCCCCUGCUGAGACAAAACUGACAUCACACCCAAAAAACCGCAUUCCAAAGCCAUCACCUUUCCAGAUUCCAGAACUGAGGCCACUACUCCCAGUUUGGUCAGGGCUGAUUGUGAUGGAAUAAGAAUCACUAAUUGUAGGUGGGAGACGUAACACAUCUAAAAUGCAAGGAUUGUUGGUGUCUGGAAAUGCUCAAUCUAGGGUGACCAGACAGCAAAUGUGAAAAAUCGGGACGGGGUGGGGGGUAAUAGGAGCCUGUAUAAGAAAAAGACCCAAAAAUCAGGACUGUCCCUAUAAAAUUGGGACAUCUGGUCACCCUAGCUCAAUCCCAGCACCCUGAGGAUGAGAGAUUCUCUCCCCCCCCCUUCUUCCAUAGGCCCUCCUCAUUUACCGCAUAUGCAUUCUAGCAGGGCGACAUUUGGCAAAAAGUCCUGCCCACCAGUUUGCAAGCAUGUUUUUUCUAUUACCAAGCAGCAAGGUUAUAAGCUCAGUGUCAGUCAAGUGGUUUGAGGGUGACCUAAGGAGAUGUAUUUACUGCACCAGGUCAGCAAGCACCUUUACUGGUCUUGGCAUGGUUGCUAGGUACCUUGGUUACCUCUCCAGCAUUCCGUGGGUAUUUGUGUUACCACCUCAUCCUUUUUCUACACUCAGGGACGGAUUCUCCCUCCUGCUAUAGCCCCCGUGAGCCCCUUAGAUUUGGCAAGGGGAGAAUUCCCCUGGCUCAGGAACUGGUGUUGUGUGGCCCUCUCUACAUCCCCUAGUGCAGAGAGUGAUAGGGGGGGUGAAGCUGUCGGGGCUGCCAUUAAGGCGAUUCUGGCUGGUAGUCUCCCAUAGGCCGUUCAGCUGUCUCAGCCUUUGCAGCAGCAACACAGUCAGGGUCCAAAACGUGCCUUAAAGCCAGUGUAGUCCCCCCCCCCCCCUCGGGCUCAGACUGAUCCUCCCGGAAGUGCAGCCCAGGACCUUCGCUCCCUGGUUUGCAAUUAGCCAAAAACUCCAGCAGGGAUUUUAAUUUUUUUGUUUGUUUCUAGUAAAAUCUCUUAUUUUCCGAUCGUUCUAUAGCUUCUUGCCUCCGAGCAGAGCCCCAAGUGCCUUACCGACCCCGGCUCCAGCAGUCAUGGCACUGAAACCUGCAAAGUGAAGGCCUCUGUGCACAACAGAGCAGUGUGGGCAGUGCCAUGGAUUCCCCCGCCUGGCUGCCUCUGAGCUGCUGAGGUCAAUGGGGAGGGAAUUAUUCCCUCCCCUCCCCCAGUGGAAAACCCACCAGAGAGGAACAUCAGGGAGUUAGAUUUGGCCCAGGCCUCCACUGGGUCUCCUAGUUAGCAGUCCUCCUUGGCGACACCAUCCCCAUGCCCUGAUCUGUGUGUGUGCGCGCGGAGGUUCUCUGUGCAGGUCCAGAGAUUGUGCCUGAGGCCUAGUACUCUCUGUCUGGGGACUGUUUCCUUCAUUAGCUGAGACUAACCACAUGCGGGUGAGUUCUGAUUAUUUUUGGGAUACAGCCUCCUGUCCACUAGGAACUGGACUGAAACCAUCACUUCACUUUCUCUAGGCCCCCCCAGCUGGGAUCAGCUGGUAACAACCAAUACCCCAGUGAUGAAUGCAGUAUGAAUUCCUAGGAAGUACAUUAAAGUUAAUCUACAUGAUCUGUAGCUUAGCCAGGCUUGGUUUAUCUCACGAUAAUCGCUGACCCCACAAUGCAUUGAGAUUGUUUACGUAAACAUUUAUCGUACAAGAGUGAUCUUUAGGGUGUAUUCAUUUACAUUGUCAGUUUGACAAAACCAGAAUCUCUGUAACCGAAUGCACUGUUGGUGUGGGCUUUUUUCUUGUUUACUCCUCAGAUUUCAACGAGACCCCUCAGCGCUAGCUCCUCGAGUUUGGCACUUUUUGCAGCGUUAGCUUUCCCAAAAGGUGGCCUAAUCGUGUGGCAAAUAGACCCCGGUUUACUCUGUCAAGCUUGCAACCGCUAGUUAACUGCUUGCUUAAUCAGAUUUUAAUUUGUAAAGAUAAGAGUUUUUGCAGCGUUGUUAGCUUUUUUUUUUAAAAGAGCAAAAGAAAGUUGAAGUAUAAAUGUCGACCUACUGUAUUGCUUUAACUGGUCUCCUUUGGGUUCCUCCCUCCUGGGAAGUUUGUUUGAACGAACAUGCUGUAAUUCAUUACCUGUUUUUUUUUUUUAUAAAGAAAGCUUUCAUAGUACUGUGGUUUUUACAUUUGUAUCUUGAAAAUAUUUAUUCUGAGUUUUAUAAACAGCACAUUUUAUAAUGGUGUCUUUUUAAAAUAAAAAUAUGUAUGUCGCA